CGGUAUAAUGGAAACGUUCAUCAUUACACGAUGAAUUUCUCAAACUACGCAAAGUAUCGUAAAAUUAUAUUUUUAAUAUUAUUUCGUCGGUAUUUUAGAUACAACCUUAACUAGCUCGGAGAGCUUCAUAUACAAUAUAUGAAAAAAUUUUUUGUCCUACAUUUUUUCAAUUUACUAUUUAAUGGAAAAGAAGUAUCUUAUUCAUGUAAAACUGGCAAAUUUAAAUCUACGUCAGAACAUUGUCGUGAAUGCCAUCCUCUCGCUUUGCUUUAUUUACAUUUUUUAUUCUAAUUAUUUAACUUUCUUCCUUUCUCCAUUUUUCCUGUUUAGAGCGUCCUAUUUUAUUUCUCUUCAUGUUCUUAUAAUCCUCUUUCUACUUUAUCGUAAUCUACCUUUCUGCUCUUUCUCUACCUUGUGCGUCUCGUUUUAUUUCUUUAUGUUUUGUUCUUUUGUUCUUUUUUUCUUCUUUUUUUCUCUUUUCCAAACAAUAUCUAUUUAUAAAGUAUACGUAAUUUAAACAGAUUAUAAGAAUAUAAGAUGACAUGAGAUUAUUUCAAAACUUCACGUGUAACAAAGCAAAUUUCCGGCAAUAUAUAACAGGUUCUGAAUGCAUCCUUCUCGCGAUUGCAGUUCUCCUCGUCUCUCGUUCGAGAACAGUUAUGGGUGAAAGUGAUUUGGUCUGGCUUUAGGAGUCAGAUACGCGCGCGUAUCUGACUCUUAAAGUCAGUCUGCAGUUUGCAGUUGAACGUAGCGGCAUCGGUAUUCUGUGUUAGCAUAAGUAUGUUGUGUAUUUCACGUUUAAAUAAUUGAGAAACUACUUGUGACAACAGUAGCAGUAACAUUUUAAUAUUUCUUACUAUUAUUUCCCAUUAUUAGCCUGUUAUUGCAGAUCAAAGAAAAACAUUGAACAAAAUUACGAAGACAAUUAAACUAGACAAUUAAACAAAACUACGAAGGAACAUUUCAGAAAUCUUUCUCGUACGCGUAAAAUAUAUCGCACUGAGGAAGUUCAGCGCACUACAAUGUCCUUCACCGACGUGGCAUUUCUACUCACGAUUCUACUUUUUGGGAUUUACGGUGCUCACGGGCUUUCGAGACCAAAACAUGACAAAGUAGUCGUUUGUUACGUUGCUUCCUGGGCAGCUUACAGACCAGGAAACGGUGCAUUUUCAUUAAAAGAUCUUCGUCCGGAACACUGCACCCAUUUAAUUUACGCAUUUGCUGGCAUAAAUGCAUCAAACUGGACAAUAAGAAGUCUGGAUCCUUGGGCGGAUAUGGAAAAGGAAGAAAUAGGCAACUACAGAAAAAUGACAGCACUUCGCAAGCAAGGCCUGAAAGUAUCACUCGGCAUCGGUGGAUGGAACGAAGGCAGUGCAAAUUAUUCGAUGAUGGCCUCAUCGCCCGAUCGCAGAAAAACAUUUAUUGCUAGCACCGUCGAGUUUCUCAAGACAUACGGAUUCACCGGACUAGAUCUUGAUUGGGAAUUUCCCGGCAGUCGCGGUGGUGCUUCGUACGACAAACAAAAUUUUGUUAGCCUCGUGAAGGAACUAAGAGAUGCCUUUGCAGAACAUCGCUUUUCAUUAACAGCAGCUAUAAGCGCGGUCAAGCGCACUAUCAAUGAAGCCUACGAUAUUCCUGAGAUUUCAAAAUAUCUUGAUUACAUUCACGUGAUGGCCUAUGAUUAUCAUGGAGCGUGGAAUAAGCAGGUUCUUCCAAAUUCACCAUUGCGAAGCAAGGAUAAAUUAAGUGUGGAAGAUACCAUUACAUAUUUGUUGCAACAAGGGACCCCGGCUGAAAAACUAGUCUUAGGACUGGCAAUGUACGGAAGAACUUUCAUUUUGACUAGUGUACCAGAAACGCCUAAAGUAAAUCCGAUUGGUUUGCCCAGUCUGGAUAAUGGAUUCAAAGGACCUUACACAUCCGAAGACGGUUUUAUGGGAUUCAACGAGAUUUGCGAGACGUUGGUAGUAAACCCGCAAAAUUGGACAACUGGAUGGGAUGAGUACAGCAGUACAGCUUACGCAAUUAAAAAAGAUCAAGUUGUAGUUUAUGAUGAUCGCAAAGCGAUAAUGAUCAAGGUGGAGUACGCAAAAAGUCAAAACUUGGGGGGCGUUAUGGUUUGGAGCAUCGACACGGAUGAUUUUCGCGGCAAAUGCGCAUCGCUUCACGGCGAUAUGAAUCCGAUCGAUGGACGUGAUUAUCCUCUUAUGAGAUCGAUUAACGCGGCUUUGGCAAAUAAUACGGCACCACCCGAGAAGAAAAAGGAUCCGAACUCGUCAUGUGUGCAUCUGCUUUCGAGUGUCGUGCUUGCAGUAUUCAUUUCGACAAUCUAUCUCUCUCUUUAA